AUGCGUUCUCCAACGAUCCGACGACAAGGUCAAUCCAGUCCACGACGCGUAAACACACCUUCUCGAGUGAACGCAACAUUCCUUACCGAAUGUUCGUUUGGGGUCGCGCAUGAUCGUCUCGUCGAAGUGAUUACCGACGUGCAACCAUUUGAGCCGUAUUGGGAAUCAUUGAGCUCAGUGAAUUUAGCUGGGCGUAAACUCGACAGUGUCGCCCGACUCAAAGAGUUCCUUCCGAAGUUGGAUUCAUUAAAUCUCGGCAUUCCGAGUACUGUGCGCACAUUGUCGGUAGCUUCAAAUACGCUUACAAGAUUGACCUCGUUUGGACAUUUGUCGAACCUGGAAAACCUUGAUAUUAGCUAUAAUGAUAUUAAUUCCUUGCAGCAGCUGGAGUGUUUGCGCCAUCUUCGUGAACUCCGUGCGGACGGCAACAAGGUCUCGAGUCUUGAUGGACUUGAGCUUUUUGAUGGUCUCUUGAAGCUCAGUCUAGAAGGCAACCAGCUCCACGAAAUUGACUUGACGGGCAUUCGAUGGUCUCGGCUGGAGCUCCUCAAUCUCAGUAAUAAUCGCCUUGAGAGUGUUCGUGGCCUUCAUGAAGCUCCUUCACUCAUUUCAAUUAACCUGGGUAUGGAGUUUUUUUUGCAAGAUCGUGGUUCUGCGGCCAAUGCUUCGUUUAUGCAGAAGCUCCGGAUACUUCGAUUGAGUGGGAAUAGGUUAAAGCGACUCGACGUGACACGUUUCCCCAAUCUUCGUACCUUGUAUGUCGACAAUAAUUGUUUAGCUGAUGGGAGGGCUUGUCAACGCGGACAGGCGCAGAAGACAACCCGACAGAGAUUGAUCGGCCUUCGACGUCUCUGCAAGCUCGAAAAUUUCAGCGCACGGAACCAAAGCGUUCCUGGCAUGCGAGAUUUGGGUUUCAAUGAUGUGCGAGAUGUCAAGCGAUUGUAUCUCUCCGGGAACCCGUCUCCAAUACCACUCGGAAUAGAUGCUCAAGCAUGCUAUAACCUUGUUUAUCUGGAACUCGCAGCGUGCCGACUUACGACUCUGCCACCCAACUUCUCCUCUAUUAUGCCGAAUAUCCGAGCCCUGAACCUCAAUUAUAACUUCCUCGAGACGGAUGAGAUUGCUCGUGGGCUAGUCGGAUUGAGGCGUCUACGAAAAUUGACGAUCGUUGGCAACCGAAUGACGGGAACGAAGGCACUUGUGAAGGUGCUGAACACAAUGGGACAAAAUAUUGAGAUGCUUGACUUCAGGAUGAACCCGUGUACACUUGUUUGGUACUUGCCUCUAAUUGUGCAAGACAAGGACAAUGGUGCUCUCUUACAACCAUCAGAACCACCAAGGGGCAAGCACCAUUCGCCACACAAUCCGUCACAUUGGGAAGCUUUGGAUGCGCAAUUCCGUCGAGGGCUUCCAGACAAAGCAUAUGCAGGGCGUUUAGCGUAUCGAGGUUUGAUCAUGCGCGCGUGUCCCCAAAUCAAAAUCUUGGAUGGUGUCCGAACAACUGAAAAGGAGCGAAGAAAGGCUGAGGCUCUACUGAAGCGUGUUCUGAAAGAAGCGGGAGUGAAAGGUACAAUACCUCGUGUCCUCGAGGAUCGAUAA